AUUGAACUUCCGGACAACUGUGACAGUCGAAUGAGUCUAAAGCCGAUCAUUAGGGGUUUCAACAAUGUCCGGCGCAAGAGGAAGAAUGGUUCAUAUGAUGAGGGCACCAGCCGCAGAAAGGAACAAAGAUGUCAUACUUAAAGUCCUGAAAGAACACAUUCCUACGUGUGAUGGAAAACUGACUGCACUAGAAGUUGCUUCAGGGACUGGUCAGCACACAGCACACUUUGCCGAACAUUUGCCAGAUGUCACAUGGCAACCUUCAGAAUGUGACCAGGCAUCAUUAAAAAGUAUAUCAGGGUAUGUCGCUGCAGGGAGGCUCAAUAAUGUUUUGCCACCAGUUUACAUAGAUGCAUCAUACCCUCCAGAGCAAUGGGCAGAGGGAACAUUGAAACCAGGAUCAUUUGAUUUUAUCAUCAAUAUCAAUAUGAUCCACAUAUCCGAAUGGGCAGUAACUAAGGGUUUAUUCAAAGCAGUUAACUAUUUACUAAAGCCUGGUGGUCAAUUGUUCACAUAUGGGCCCUACAGGGUGAAUGGAGUGCUGGAACCUGAGAGUAAUGUUCGGUUUGAUUCUACCUUAAAAUCUCAGAAUCCAGAUUGGGGUAUACGGGAUACAGUUGACCUACAAAACCUAGCAGUAGAAAAUUCAUUGCAGUUUAUCAAAAUGGUUGAUAUGCCAGCCAACAACAAGAUAUUAGUCUUCACAAAACAAUAGGAGAGAUGUAUAAUUAUCGACUUACCG